AUGGCGCCUGGAACCCUGAAGCUAGAUCUCUCCAAGUACCCUAAGCUCACUCGGGAGCAAGCGGGGCAUUUACGCCAUUUCUGGAAUACCAGUACAAGUCUCGACGGUGAGUGGCCGCACAUGGGUACGCAGGAACCAGACCAGGCCUUCCUAGAUGCGUUCCGAUACCAACUGGCCACGAUGGCCUACGGAGCCGGCGUCACGCACUAUCACCGUCUACCCGCCAUGCGAAGCCUGUUCAAACCUCUUCUCCGUGGCUUGAUCCGCAAGAUGCUCCGCCGUGAGGUUUGGUCCUACUGGUACCUCACCUCGCAAUCCGGCAAUCGCUUGGAACCAGGUCUUGAGAAGCUACGGACGCCGUGGGCAGAUCCAGUCGUGAAGGAGAAUAUCAUGUAUAGCGGACACUUGUUAUUAAUGACGAGCCUGUAUGCGAUGCUCUUUGAUGACGACGAGUUCGAGAAGCAAGACAGUCUGAGGUUUGAAUGGGAUCCACUGUUUUGGGGAAUGGGGCCAGAGUUCUUCUCAUACGACAACAGCUCCCUUCAGGAGGCGAUCUUGAAAGAGAUGGAGAGAAAUGGAUGGGCUGGGGUGUGCUGCGAGCCGAAUCUGAUUUUUGUGGUUUGCAAUCAAUUUCCUAUAAUCGCGAUGCGGUAUAAUGACGUGCGCCACGGGACUAGUGUAGUCGAGGGUGUGCUUGAGAAGUACUGGAAUGCGAUUCAGAAAAAGCAGAUGAUUUCAUCCGACGGGCUAUUUGUCGACUGGCUGUUCCUAAAGCAGGGGAACACGAAGCAAGCCGGUGGCAUUGGGUUUACUGCUUGGGCAAACGCAUUUAUGAAUACGUGGAACUCUAUGUUUAUACGACGUAGCUACGACAAACAAGCUCUCGGCUUUAUCACCAAGGUUGACGGCAAAAUCGAGCUACAGCACCCUAAAAUCGGCACGAUCAUCCGCCAUCUCGUCCAGACAGAAGAUGUUGACCCAAACGCAGCAGCUACCGUCCAACGUGCCCGUGAAAAAUACCUCGAAGACCCCUCAUCUAGAUCUCAAUAUACGCAACCGCACUUCGGAUAUGUCAUCAAGUGGCUCUCUGAGCUCGGGAAAGCAGCAGAGACUGAAGCCCUUCUCAACUACGCGGAUAGCCACUUUUCGCCGAGCUGGGAUAAGGGUGGCUUGUACUAUCCACGUCAAGACCAAAUCACCAACGAGCUUGGCGAAUGGAGGUUUGUUGAUCCUUUUACUGGGAACUCGGCAAUCGGGUAUGCGAGGCUUAAUCUAGAGGAUGGACAAAAGAAAAUGUGGGAAAAGCCAUGGACUCGGGAGCUUCUAGCUGCGCGACCCUGGGUUGAUGGACUGGACUAUUGUCAGGGAGUGGACUGCUUGCGUGGCUGGUGGGCGGAUGAGGAGCAGGCGAUGAUUAUCACACUUAGAUCAUGGGAUGGUGCUGAACACAGCCUCAAUUUCUCGAUUCAAGGUCUCUUCAAGGGCCAUUGGGGACUGUACGAAUAUGGUGUCUUGUUGAGUGACCGUCGGAUUUUAGAGAGAGGUGAGCUCAUUGAAGUUUCAACAACUGUUCGUCCAGGGCAGGAGAUUGAUAUUGUAGUACUCAAGCUGGCGUGA